CGGUAUAGCCUCUCUAGCCACUUUAUCUAGCAAACUAGGUCGAUGGAAUCUGGCGUAGAGAGCUUCGCCGUAGCAAGUGAGAUUCGAGUGAAACUCUACAAGGACGUCGUAUGGAAAACAAGUCGCAAGGGCUCGCGCAAAAAGCAGUUGACGCUGGAGCUAGAAGAAGUGACAAGAACAGCAGACAAUGGCAGCGAACUUGCCUUUCUGGAGCUGACAGGAUACCCGCAUCUUGCGUGCUCGACCUUUCCUAGUCCUGUUUUCCAGGCGAAUCUUUCCAGGAACUGGCGGAGUCAUCACUGUAAUCAGAAACGUUUGCAAUUGUGCAUCGCCGUACAACGAGAGCGAAAAUUUGAAAUGUAUUCGUUUGAAGUGACGUCCAUCGAACAACUGGCGGCAUGGAUGGCACAGCUUAGUCAAAUUUCGUCAUAUUUUGCAGAAAAUAUCUCUACCACCUGUCACCACGUUAUUCUUCCUCAAGGCUAUGCGGAUGCUCUAGGCCUAACAGUCCUACACGCAGUUCUGUAUCGUCAGUCAGAGAAUGGCUCCAUUCUUGUUGCUCGCGAUCCUACGAACGAUUUAACUCUUCAAUUGUGGGAUACUCAGCGGCUGCAUAGUUUUUCUGUGGAGUAUUUUCCUCUAAUAUUUAUGAAAUUCGAGAUAAAAUCUGCAAUUGACGUUCCUGUUUAUCAAAAAACCGUUUUCGAGUUCACGUCUGUCCGAGCAGCCAAGAGAGUUUUUUCCCUAGUUGAGGAGAUGGUCAAAGAAACUCGAACUAUACAUGAUUUAUAUCAAAAACGAGAAGUUGGAGCACGUGAUGGAGACGGUUUAUCCGCCAUUUACUACGAGUCAGUCAAGCCUCAAGCGUCUGGCAACUUGAUUUCACGUAGAGUAUUUCCUUCCCAAAUCAAUGCAGAAAUGAGAGCUUCCCAUCGUCCACAUUCUACGUCGGAUUUGGCUAUUUCGAUAUCUCCGCUGUCGGAGAGGAGACUGGAGAGUGGAAUGUCUAUUCCGCCACCGCGGCGCCUGCGUCCUCAUAUAUCUCGUGCAGUUAGUCACGUGUCAUCUGUGCAGCCUCGUCCAUUGCCGAGGCGUCGCCUACAUACGACAAGUGUUCCCCCUCGUGACGUCAUUCGACCUGGAUUUCUAGUGCCCAAGUGAUGAUUGACGGUUUACGCUAGAUACUGUAUAUACACGUAGUUGCAUGCUGUACUAUAACAUUGUUACAACUGUACGUCUUGAUUACUACGAUAAUUAGAUAUCUGAUCUAAGUCGACAACAUUAAACCUAAAUGCGGCAGAAGUGAUCGAAGGUAGAGAAGAUACACUUAGGUGCGCAUACGCUAUAGCUAAUUAGUAAGGUUACAGUAGUGUGUUAGUAGGUGGAUCUUCAAUUGGAAUGCAGCG